AAAGUUGUAAUAAGGAACCAUAUGCAAAAAUUAUGAGCGAUGAGGUUUUAUCGAAUCUGCUGGACAUGGGUUUUGCGUGGGCCGAUUGUCAACUGGCGUUCAGUGCUGGCUGCGUUACAAUCGAACAGGCUGUGAAUCAUAUAUCUCAAGUCAGUGCAUUUACUCCUGGCCAAUCUUCUGCAGGCGUUCUUCAGCUGAACAAACAACCACCUGGAAAAACUUCCCAGUCAGAUGAGCAGCCUAAUUCAACAGACCCUGGAAAUGACGCAGCAACAUCAGCGCAUGAACAGCCUGUUAUGCAUUCCAGGUACAGCGUCACACGUGAUGCUCAGAAAUUGAUAGCGGAGAAAAAGGCGCAACAACAGCGUGAAGAGAUUAUUCGAGACAAGGAGCUGAAAAAGUUGGACCACGAUUCCCUUGUAAAAGAAAUUCAAGCUGAUAAGAGAGCUCGCCAAGAGUUGAGAAAUCAAGGACCGUCUGAGCAAACAUCUAAUAUUGAACCAUCAGAAGAAACUAAAUUCGAAAACAGCGAAGAUAAUCUGCGAAGUCGUUACACUAAAAAAGCGAAAGAUGAUAUUGAAAUGAAUUCAAAAAUGCAUGAUAUGAUAACGGAACAAAAACGAAAAGAGCGAGAAAUGAAGAAUAAUGCUCGGUUAGAGGCGCUGAGAAAAAUCGAAGAGGACAGGCAAAAACGGGCGAAUGCUAAAUGCAGUUCGACUGAAACUCAAAUCAAGAGCGAAGAAUCAAACGAAAAGAGCUCAAUUCCAGUACAAGCUAACAUUCAGAUGACCACAGGUUCGGGUGAAAAUAACUCAAAGCGGAAGGAUUUUAAAUUGGUCAAGUUAGUGGGAAAAUUUGGCCUCUCUCUAAAUAUAUCUAUAUUGCCUAUCAGUCCGCUGAGCGCAUUGUUUAUGAGAAAGGCAAAAAUUUUCUGUAUCAUAUAUUAUUUUGAGGGCUGGAGUGUUUCUUAUUAUGUAAACAUUUCAUUUUUUCAGACAAGGUCUGCUCAAUUCAAACAGCCAGGUUCGUUUAUAAAUAUCCGCUUUCGUUUGCCGAAUGGCGAAUCUUUAGUUGAAAAGUUUGCGCCAGGAUGUUUGGUAUCUGUUCUUUUUGAUUUCGUCGAAAAUCAGGUGAAGACGAAGAACUACACAUUAGCUGAAGGAUUUCCGCCCUUUACUGAAAUCGAUACUUCGAAGGCCUGUGAAACAUUGAGAAGUUUAAACAUGGGAAACAACAUUGCUCUUGUUGUUAAAGUUGCCAAACCCGGUGAUCCAAUUGAUGUUGCGCCUGGCGAUAUCGUUCACGCUGGGCCUAUGAUUACGUCACAGGGCCAAGAAAACAACGAAGAGAACUCAGAAUUGAGUUCAGGCGAGGAUAUAAGUGAUGUUCCUUAUGAACAAUUGCAUAAUAUACCGACAGACGAGGAACAACUGGAAGACAAUGAAAUGGAAUUGAAUGAGAUUGAAGAUGCACCAGGGGUUGGAUUCGAACCUCCGCUCGAUGAUGAAAAUGAAGACGAGGCAGGUUUGGGGUUAGAACCUCCACUUAUUGCACCAGGUGCUGGAAUUGGGUUACUUCAGCCUCCGCGUCACGCAGAAAGAAAUGACGAUGAUGAAGAUGAAGACGAAAUGCGCAAUUUUGGAAUAUAUCGAAGAGGUAGAGAAGCGCAGUAUAACAUAACUCAAAGACUGGGCGCACAUGGUACAAACGAAAGCACGAACACAACAUCAGCAACAACAUCGACAGCAACUGAUGUAGAAAUGGUUCUGGAGGAAACGCGUGAAAUGAGAAGAACGCGGUUUCUAGAGGCGGCGCAGAAUCGAAUGUCAAAACCGGAUCCCAAAAUCCCGGAGGAAACUCCACCGAUUUUGAAACUCAGUUGUUCCACGCUGAGAAAUAUAGCGGCUGACUAUGUGUUGAAGUACUUCAUGCAACAGAAGGUCAAUAUAUCAACUCUUGAUGUCAAUUCGGCUGAACUUUUGGUUGGCAUGCUUAAACAACGAGGUCUGCUAAACGGAAAAACGUAUCGAGCCUUUAUGACCAGUGGCAUUACUAGUCUAGAUUUAGCUGGCUAUGUCUUCCUAACUAAUGAUUUGGUCCGCACAAUUUCUCUCAGCAAUCUGACAAGUCUGAAUUUGAGAGGUGGCGAAAACUUGACUGAUGCAGCGCUGAUCCAUAUAGGGCAAGUUUCAACUCUAAGAACUUUGACAAUUUCUCAUUGUCCGAGCUUAACUAGUGCUGCAAUUGGAGAUUUGUUGGUAAACUUACCAAAUUUGGAAAUAUUUGAAGCCGCGGCUACAAAACUGAACUCGAAAACACUCGAAAAAUUGGUUAAUCUUAGCCUCGUCAUGAAAAAUCUUGUGGUGCUUGAUUUAUCCUCGACGUAUGUUGAUGAUACUGCUGUUUUUGAAGUUUUUUGUCCUAUUUUAAUAUCUUUGACAGUAAACGAUACCAAAAUUAAUUCAGUGACAGCUUUGACCAAUUUGAAGAAUCUGAAAUCGUUAUCAGUUUCAAAUUGCCGUCUAAUUGAUGUUACCAGCCUCGCUAAUUGUUCAAAGCUGGAAUACCUAGAUAUUUCCAACAGUUGUGAUCCAGAGGCUAUGGGAGAGAUUUUCGAAGCUCUUCGUGGUCGACUAAAUUUGAGAAAAUUCAACAUUCCGCUGAGGUCAAAUUUCACAGACAGUCAUUUAAGUUCGUUGGCGAAAAUGAACAUAACUGAUGUUGAUUUGACUAAUUGCUGUCAUUUAACUGCUGAAGGAUUCAGAACUUACUUCAAGUUGCUUCUAAGCCAAGGAAGCUUCACUAUCAAAAGUCUGAUUUUGUCCAACUCGAAUUUCGAUUCAAGCUGCGUCGAGUUAGUUUGUGGAUUAUCAUCUUUAAUUGAACUCAAUCUAGACUAUACGAAGAUAAAAGAUCAAGAUGUGAUUGCGAUUCGAAACUUGACUCAGCUCACGACACUGAGUCUGGUCGGAAAUAAUCUGUCGGAUUGUGUUUUCACAUUGGUGUUGGAAAACGACCGCAAGCCAUUCCAAACCUUGACUUCUCUUGCGAAGUUGAACUUGAGUAGAAAUAUGGCAUUGACUAAUUUCGGAGCGAAGAGACUCGAACACCCGAAUUUAGAGACUGUAUCUUUAAUGCAAACUAAAGUGACCAGUGCUAUCAAGGAUGUUAUGUAUUGCAACAUGCCGCAGCUGAAGGUGCUUCUGAUUAGUUAGAUUCUGGUUAGAGUAAAGGUGUAAAUUGUAAUGAAUUUGUAGCUUACCCUGUUAGAUAACACGAGUAUUUUGUUAUAAUUAAUUGGUUCUACAUUG